GAUGUGCAGUAGUGAGGAGCGUGUUGGUUUGUCAAGCAACAGAUCUCAAGAUUUUCUUCAGCGUACACUUGUUAGCGUUAAGCUACACACACUACUAUGGCUCCCAGAGCGCUGAGCUUCAUCAAAGGGUUCUUCGUCUAUGAAACCGCCAAGUCUGUAGUAGUGAAGAGCUGGUCUGUUGGAAUAAUCAACCGGGUCGUUCAGCUGUUAAUUAUUCUGUAUUUCAUCUGUUGGGUGUUUAUGCAUGAAAAAGCGCAUCAGCUCCGUGACACAGGAAUUGAGUCUGCGGUCAUGACUAAAGUGAAGGGUUUGGGUAACUUCAACAACCGUGUGAUGGACGUAGCAGACUAUGUCAUUCCAUCCCAAGGAGCCUCAUCAUUCUCUAUCAUCACCAACAUGGUUGUCACAGCCAAUCAGACGCAAGGAUACUGUCCUGAGGUCGAAAAAAAGUUUUUUUGCACUUCUGAUGCUGAUUGUGAGAAAAAAAUGGGUUUAAAUAUUGGAAAUGGUAUGAUAACAGGCAAAUGCUUGAAUAGUAAUGGAACAAGUAAAGAUACAUGGCGUUGUGAAAUUCAAGGCUGGUGCCCAGCAGAAGAUGACACCAUUUCUGGAGAGCCGAUGUACGAGGUGGAGAAUUUCACCAUAUUCAUCAAGAACAGCAUUCGAUUCCCUCUGUUUGGUGUCUCUCGGGGUAAUUUCCCUUCAAGCUUAGACAAGUCUUAUAUUCAGUCCUGUAACUUUGACCCAGAGAGCCAUCCAUUCUGUCCCAUCUUUAAAGUGGGAGAUAUCCUGAAAAACCUCAACCAAAGUCUGGAAAAUAUUACAAAGAUUGGAGGAGAGAUUGGAAUUAACAUAAAUUGGAAGUGUAAUCUGGACUAUGAUGAAGAGAACUGCAAUCCCAAAUACUUCUUCACUCGCUUGGAUGCUGCUUUUAAACACAGCAGUGUCUCUAAAGGAUAUAACUUCAGGUUUGCUAAAUACUAUCAAUCGGAAGAUGGGACUGAGUAUCGAACGCUUCAUAAAGCUUAUGCCAUCCGCUUUGAAAUAAUCGUGUCUGGCAAUGCAGGCAAGUUUAACGUGGUGCCAUUUCUGAUUAAUUUGGUCGCAGCAUUUACUUCAGUGGGAUUGGCUACAAUAUUCUGUGACAUCAUCCUUCUGAACUUUCAUAAAGGAGCGGAUGAGUACAAAGCAAAGAAAUUUGAAGAGGUAUCAGGUGUUGUGUCUGAGUCUGGGAGCAACAUACUCUACAAGGGCAGCCAGGUGUCAAUCAAAGCACUGGAGAAAAACUCUGACUCAGGGACUUUUUCUAUUGGACGUCAGGAGUGAGUCAUGUGGUCUGUCAAACCAAUGAGACUUUCAAACAAUAUAACUGCUUAUUUCUGGACUUUUAUGCACUGGCAAUUUCUUAAGGUGGAAGUUUCAUGUUUUAUUCUGGUUUUAAGUUUGUCAAACAUUUGAGCUGGAUUCCUUAACAAUUAAUGACAUCAUUCAAGUAAUACCAAUUAAGAAAACACACAUUCAGUAUGUAAAUAUCCACACAAUUAAGUCAAAAAGAUAAAAUCACUAUACAAAUAAUACAAAUGUAAAAUGAUAUUUUAUUUUCUGAUGACAUUCAGGGUAACACUUUAUGACAGUCCUUUUUACAUAAACAAUAACUAUGUAUAAUUACAAGAAAAUAGAAACAAUCCCUCAUCACAGUAAAUCCAUGUCGUUUAUAAAUAUUACUCGGUAAUAAUUAUGUAAUUACACUAGCAAUGUAAUUACACAAUUAAAGUAAGUGUAAACAAAUUCAUAUAUGGGUCAAAGAUGAGAUGCCCUAUUUUGGUGUCUGCGUCAAAUUUAAAAAGCAUAUUAAAGUGCCUACUUUUACGUUUCAAAUAAUUCUGUGGAAAUAAAAUGUUAAAAUAUGGGUGAUAUAUUCAUUCAGUGUAACAUUUAGCCUAAUCAUGUAAAAAUAAAACAACAUAUCUACAGUUAAAGUCAGAAUUAUUGAACCCCCUGAACUAUUAGCCCCCCUGUCUAUUUUUUUUCCUAGUUUCUGUUUAACAGAGAGAUUUUUUUCAACACAUUUCUAAACAUAAUAGUUUUAAUAACUCAUUUCUAACUAAUUACUAUUAAUAGCUUAAAGGGGCUAAUAAUUCUGACCUUAAAACGACUUUCAAAAAAUUAAAAACUGAUUUAUUCUAGCUGAAAUAAAACAAAUAAGACUUUCUUCAGAAACAAAAAUAUUAUUAGACAUACUGUGAAAAUUUCCUUGCUUUGUUAAACAUUAUUUAGG